CGACAGUGUCGUAAAUGGAAGCGAGGUGGCGGCCAGAGUUUUGUUUACUCUCUUGGGGAGCCAACAGUUACGGACAGCUGGGACAGGGACAUGCGGAGGACCAGUAUGUGCCCCGGUUCUCUGACACCGCCGCUCUGCAUAGCAAGACUUUCCGGGCUGUGGCUGGAGGCGGUGGACACUCGGUGUUCAUCACCGAGAAUGGUGAGGUAUAUGUGUGUGGACAGAAUCACAGAGGCCAGCUUGGACUUCACAUAAGUGCAGACAUCUCAACUCUUCAGCUCUGCCCCACCUUAGAUCAGAAGAUCACAAAUGUAGCCUGUGGUUGGGAUUUUACUCUCUUUCUCACUGACUGUGGUCAAAUACUGGCAUGUGGCUCCAAUUCAUUUGGACAACUGGGUGUUGGAGAGAUGGUCACACACUCUGCAGAUCUACUGUUUGUUAAGUGUUUGAAGAAUCCGGUGGUGAGUGUAGCAGCAGGUCUUAGACACUCACUCGCUGUAACAGACUCAGGCUGUGUGUAUCAGUGGGGAACUGGCCUUUUCACACAUGCCAAGAGAGCUCUCAGUCCACACCCUGUCCCAUCACACCUCAGCUCUAAAGUUCCCUGUCUGGUGCCAGGUCUGGAUCAGAAAAUAUCAUGCCAGAUAGCAGCAGGAUCAACACACUGUGUGUGCCUUACAGGAGAUGGUGAUUUGUUUCUGUGGGGCAGCAACAAGUAUGGUCAGCUGACUGCCACAGAGUCCUUCGUGUCCUCGCCAUGCCUUCUGAAGCGCUCACUGCUGGAUGGAGAGAAAGCCAUACAUGUGUGGAGCGGCUGGACACACAUUGUUGCUCAAACAGAGAGAGGCAGAGUGUUCACAUGGGGCAGAGCAAAUUAUGGACAGCUGGGUCGACAAGCAUCCGCCAGUCAGAACCCAGAGCACCAGUCAGCUGGUCCAACAGAGGGGGCAAACCAGGAGGUGUGCCUCCCUUCAGAGGUUAAAGUCCUCUGUGGGGCAACACAGGUUGCAUGCGGAUCCGAACAUAACCUUGCCAUUGUAGGAGGGAGUCUCUUUUCCUGGGGCUGGAACGAACAUGGGAUGUGUGGAGACGGUUCACAGGCGGACGUCGUUCAGCCUCAGCUCAUAUCUGGUCUCAGACCCUGUCUCAUUGGCUGCGGAGCUGGACAUUCAGUGGCAGUGUGCUGCAGUGUGUGACUACUGGCUUAAGACGAAGCUGCAGCGACUCCAACAGGGACAACUCAUUCACCAUGGAACAGUCAGAUGAAAUAAACAGCGUGACUUGAAUGACAACAUUUCAGACUGAUACAGCGACGUAUGACACAGUGUCUUUGAGUAACAGCAACUUUCAUCUUCUAAAAGACUCCCUGAGCUGUUUGAAGAGGUCACAUAAAUAUGACGAUGUGGUUGGACAUGGGCUGAGGUAUGUUUCAUGUGGACGGAGGCCAUCAUUUCCCUGAGCCGCCCGUCACUUUGACAGACAUAACAUGGACGUGUCUAAAGCCCCUGCUCAUCUUCACACGCUUUCCUGAAUGAAGCUGUGAAAGAUUGCGUGAGGGAUGGGAUAAACUGUUGCUAUAGCUCUCUCUUCCCAUGUCGGGGGUUUUAUUGCUGUCAUCUUCAGUGUCAGGAGGCAGUCAAUCUCUGCACUUCAUAGUGCAAAUCUCAUGAUUUACCACUCACAAACGGGACAGUAGGCUAUUUCUUCUUUUCUAACUGGCCAUCACUCUUUUAUGUUCUUGUCAAUUUGUGUAACAUUCGUCAGUAUUACAUGGUUGGUUUUUUUUUUUGGAUUUCAUACUGAACGGAUUUCCCUUGGGAGAAACUUGUCCACUGCCUACUUAUUUAUAUGCUUUGGGCUACUGCAGUGCAGCGUCGAGAAUUAGCUGCUGCUUUUAAGCCAGUGUCUUGGUCAAAGCCGAUGACGAGACUCAAUAAAAAGAUUAUAGUUGAUGCAAAUUAACUGUGGAAACCAUCAUUGUUAGUUAAAUAAAAUCGCUUUUAUCGCAUUAGUUUGAAGAAAAAAUAAAAUCAACACUCGGUGAAAAUGA